CCUGCAUCCCGGGGAUGUGCUGCGAGCGCAUCUCGGGAUGAAGGGAAGCUCGCCCUGUGUGCUCCGGUUGGAUCGCACGAACCGGUGGGUUUGGGCUGAGUGCCGUGCCCCGGUCCCUGAGCAGAACACAGCUCCAUCACACGCCGGUGUAGUCCAGGGCUGUGUUCCAGAAGAGCUGGACACCUGUCAGAUCUGAACCAGCUUGUUGGCUUUGAAGAUUAUGGACCGGACUGUGAUAGCAUGAGGAUAACAGCGUUCUUGGAUAUUCCUGGGCAGGACAACUUAACUCCACUGGCUCGUCUAGAGAAAUAUGCCUUCAGUGAUAAUGUAUUUAACAGGCAAAUUAUUGCCAGGGGUCUUCUGGACGUCUUUCGAGAUUUCAGUCACACUGAAGAAGACUUUUUGACUGUAAUGGAAAUAGUGGUCAGGCUCUCUGAAGAUGCAGAGCCAACUGUUCGCACAGAGCUGAUGGAACAGAUACCUCCCAUUGCCAUUUUUCUACAAGAAAGUCGACCAAAAUUCCCAACAGCAUUUUUUGAAUACCUGAUGCCCAUAGUAGUGAGGUACCUCACAGAUGUUAACAAUCAGGUCAGAAAGGCAGGCCAGGAGGCCCUGCUGAUACUGCUGGAACAAGACCUCGUGUCUCAGAGUGACAUUGAAAAUAAGGUGUGUCCAAUUCUGCUGGACCUCUCUGCUCCUGACAGUGAUGAUGAGUACAAGGUGGAGGCUGUCAAUAUAAUCUGUAAAAUGGCUUCUAUGUUGAGCAGAACAACAGUUGAGCACAUGCUGCUUCCUCGUUUCUGUGAACUGUGCAGCGAUGGGAAAUUGUUUCAAGUCCGAAAGAUUUGUGCAGCUAAUUUUGGUGACAUUUGUAAUGCAGUUGGGCAAGAAGCCACAGAAAGACUGCUGAUUCCCAAGUUCUUUGAGCUGUGUUCUGACAGUGUGUGGGGAAUGAGGAAGGCUUGUGCUGAAUGCUUUAUGGCAGUGUCUUACACCACGUCCCCAGAGGUUCGCAGGAGCAAACUGUCCCCACUGUUCAUCAGCCUGAUCAGUGACACCUGCAGAUGGGUUCGCCAGGCUGCUUUUCAGUCUCUUGGCCCAUUUAUUUCCACCUUUGCAAACCCUUCAAGUGCUGGUCUUUACAUUCGAGAAGAUGGGACACUGAGUAUCCGACCAUCAGCACAAGAUGUGAAUUCCAAUUCCUGUCAGCCAAGUAACAAUAUCAAUGUGAUGUCUUCCAGUGCAAAUGCUCCAUUGUCCAGCUCAGAACAACCAAUGGAAAUCAAACCAGAAUCAUCGACUGAGGAGACUUCAGCAGAAAUUCAUGAGGACCUAAAUAAAAAUCUAUGGGAAGAAAGUUCAGAUUGUUGUGCCAGCCCUGGAGAAGAAGUGUCUCGCUUGUGUCAGGGUGACAAAGCUGCUGCUGGUGCCACCGAAGGCAGGAAGGAGAGCAGUUUUCCAGGGCUGAGCUCUGCGCUGCCGCCUGCCGAGGACGUGUUUAACACAUUCCUGUACUGGCGCCCUCCUCUGCCCGACAUAAGUCACGACCUGGAGUUGCUGCAGUUCAAGGCUGAGAAGCACCACGAUGCCUGCUCUGUGCCGUGUAAUAGCUGUGUCGCUAGCAGUGAGAUAAAAAAGGUUCUGGAAAGCUUACAGGAGCACAUGGAUGAUCCAGAUGUUCAAGCUCAGGUCCAAGUGUUGUCUGCUGCUCUCAGAGCUGCUCAGUUUGAUUCUGUUGGUGACUGCGAGACCAAAAAAAUGGAAGAAAGUAGUGACAAUCUUCAGAACAAAAUGAUUUUGGAUGAAACAGCUGUUUCAGAUGCUGCCUGCAAACAGGUGCAGGGGGACACACUUCCAUCCCCUGCCUGCCAGGAAGACAUCAGUGACCAGUCAAACACCAGUGUUCUGAAAAGCACAGACUCACAGGAACAACACAGAGGAACCAGUGUGUUUUUGAGGAACGAGCAAGAAAAUAUUCCACCACUUGAAGAUGACAAGUCAAAAUUACAGGACAUCAUCCCUCAGCCUUUACUGGACCAGUACCUGUCCAUGACCGACCCUGCUCGGGCCCAGACCGUUGACACUGAGAUUGCCAAGCACUGUGCCUACAGCCUGCCCGGGGUGGCUCUGACUCUGGGCAGGCAGAACUGGCACUGCCUCAAGGACACCUACGAGACACUGGCUUCAGAUGUACAGUGGAAGGUGCGGCGCACUCUGGCUUUCUCCAUCCACGAGCUGGCUGUGAUCCUGGGGGAUCAGUUAACAGCUGCUGAUCUGGUGCCAAUUUUCAAUGGGUUCUUGAAAGACCUGGAUGAAGUGCGUAUUGGUGUCCUCAAACAUCUGUAUGACUUUCUGAAGCUACUUCAUGCAGACAAAAGGCGAGAGUAUCUUUACCAGCUGCAAGAAUUUGUGGUGACUGAUAACAGCAGGAACUGGAGGUUUCGUUACGAGCUGGCAGAGCAGCUGAUCCUGAUCCUGGAGCUCUACAAUCCCAAUGAUGUCUAUGACUACUUAAGGCACAUUGCACUGACUCUGUGCUCCGAUAAAGUUUCAGAAGUUCGGUGGAUCUCCUUCAGACUGGUUGUAGCAAUACUACAGAAGUUCUAUGCAAACAGUGCCAGUGCCCUGGGAUUAAAUUUCAUCAACGAGCUCGUAGUGCGGUUUCGCCACUGCUCCAAGUGGGUCGGGAGACAGGCCUUUGCCUUCAUUUGUCAGGCAGUCGUAGAAGAGGAGUGCAUGCCUGUGGACCAGUUUGUGGAACACUUACUCCCCAGCCUGCUCAGCCUUGCAUCGGAUCCUGUGCCAAACGUCAGGGUCCUGCUCGCCAAGGCUCUCAGGCAGACGUUGCUGGAGAAAGCUUAUUUUAAAAGUGUUGGCAAUCCUCACCUAGAAGCUGCAGAAGAGACCAUUCUAGCCCUGCAGUCUGACAGAGAUCAAGAUGUGUCUUUCUUUGCCACCAUAAAACUGAAACAGGAUAACAUGAACAAUAUCACCAUUGAAAAACAAAACUGAGGGGUUGUUCUGCAUUGAAGGCUGAACAGCAGGAAGGUUUUUCACCUUGUUUCUGUUAGUGUGAGUAAUGAGGACAGAUAAGGUGGGUUUUGUCACCUAUUUGAGCAGGAAAGGUGGUGUUGAGAAAUGUUAGUCUUCAUUUCAUGACCUUGUUUCAUCUACAGAGGUGUGUUUGAUUCCUGUGAGUAAUUCCUUCCUUUUGGUUUUCCUUUGUAAAUGGAAGUGAUAACUCUGACCUCACCUGCACUUCAGUAUUGUCUGUAAAGUCUUACACUACACUUGGUGUUUCAGCAAAAUUGGAAUUUACAUUUCAUUUUUUUAACAGAAUUAUUUCCGUUAGGACAAGUUUGCUGUAAGCUUAAAAAGGUUUCUAAAUCUUAAAACCUGAUUUUAGCAAACUUUCCUGAAGCUUUCCUCACUUUAUUAUAAUCUUCCACCUAUUGCAUUUAUUUGAAAAUAAAGUGUAUAUAUGUGAAUAGUUUUGAAUUGUGACAAAAAAUUACGAAGAACUUAAUUCUGUAUCAGUGGGAAAAGCUCAAAAAUCAUUUCAUUUUUUAAGUAGUUACACUGCUAGAAUUAAGCAUGGGUCAUUUUUAUGUGUGAUAUUUUUCAAAGCACAGAGAGCUCAAGAUUCUUUGUAUAUUGUGAGGUUUCUGUUAAUUUGUUCUUUCUGAGCUAUACCCUUACAGUGUUAACAAGACAUAAUAGCAAUAUUUUUGACUGCCCUUACAGGUGUUCAUGGGUCAGUUUUUGUUGCUGCUGCCUCUCCCAGGAGCAGGUAGACUGGAGAUUUCCUAAGUGGAAAAUUCCUCCUUCUGAGUCUUUGUUUUACGUGCACACCUCAUUUAACAAACACCUUUUCACCUGCCCAGUAGUUAAACCACAAACAGCUUUUCCUAAGAAACAAAGGAGCUCUAAAUUCUGCAAAACCCCGGUGCAGAAAUGUUCCGGGGAAAGGUGGUGCCACAGUCUGCUCUGCACCUUUGUGGGUUGUAGGGCAAGGUCUGGGGCAAACACCAGGUGAGGUGUGUGAGGGGAAGUGGGAUGGCUCCUGUCUGUUGGAACGGGGGCCUGGAAGAAGGAGCAGAAUUGUGUUAGUCAAAUUGAGCAGACUCAGAAAAAUUAGAAAGCUUAUACUUCUGCUGGACCCUGUCUUCUCUUGGAUCCCAAAUCUGCAAUAAUGUGGGUCCUGGGAAAAAAAAAAUAGUAUCUUUUUUUAUUGUGGGUUGAAACUUUGUCCUACUUAAACACUAAAGAAAUGGUUUCAGGUGAUAACAGUUACUUUCUUUCUGAGAGCAGAGUCUUUUCUCCCCAGCAGACCUGUGUAAAUACGUGUCCUUAUUUCAUGUUCCACAGUAAGUAAUUCACAUGGGGGAAGGUUUUCACAGAAGUACCAGUCCUGGUUUUGUUUGGAUGUGGCUUGUCUGCAGUACAGUGAGUAGCUUCCUCAGCUGGGUUCUGUAUUUUGGGAGGGCUCACUUUUGUAGGAGUUAACCAGUCAUGUAUUAUAAUAUGUACAGUAUUUGUAAUUAAUUGUUUUCUUGUAAGAUCACAAAAUGCUCUUUGGAAGCUGCAGGCAGAAAUAUACCACUGCUAUUGCAGCAAACAGUGUAAACUCUGCAACAUUCUACAUUUAAUUUUUUACAGGUUUUUUUAUGAUUUAAAACAAAUGCUUCUUCAGUACAGACUUUUUAUGAUUGCCAUUUCUUAACAAAAAGACCCCUCAAGUUAAUUUUUUUCUAGUUCUAAUAUCUUUUUCUAAUGCUGGCAUUAUACUGGUAUUUUCUAACAGUUCAGAUUUUCUAAGGCCUUUCUGACAAGGUUUCGCUUCUGUUUUUUAUUAUCAGUUCAUUAAAUUUCUCAGCACUGAACAGAUUUUUUUAAGUGUGUGUAUAUGUAAGUAUGUUUGAAAUAUAGUGUAUAUAAAUUAAAUACCUUGAACGUUAACCCAACCCAGGUUUGUCAGAUCACCUUCAGUAGUUACCUUGACUUGCAAUAAUCCACUGGGAAACACAAGCUUCCAUAGGUUUUAGCAUGUUUGGUUAGUGUUCAGUAGGAGUUUUUAACUAGGAUAUGUGUAAAGGAUAAGCCACCAGCUAUAAAAGUUCAUUAAAAGGCUGGACAAAGUUCUUUAUUUUUAAACAACAUUUUGGUACCUCUCUGGCUCUCAAAUUCACGUCAGUUUUGAACGAGGUGAGCGUUUAAAACCUCCUGUUCCAGCUCCACAGUUGCAUGUCCUAAUGGGGGCCAGCAGAGUUCUGGGGUGGGAUUUUUGUAGACAAUGUGCAGGUCUGUUACCCAGAUUUACCCUCUGCCAGUUUGUCUUUUUGGUUUAGUUUAAACUAGAAAUGAUUUCAGCAUGACUAAAGGCCGCACUUUACGUCUUGUCCUAGACAAAUGUAUGCAAUGAGUGUGUUCACGUGCAGUUCUCUGGGUUGUUUAAAUUAUGCAAAAAUAUCUAUUUAAAAAGCCAGGUGGAGCAAAGUUAGGUAGCCCAUCCACUUUCACAGCAGCAUUUCACUUUUAGCAUUUCCAGCUAAGGAACGUGACAGUAACAGUAGUUGGUGCAAUAUUGCUGGGAUGCUGUAGGGAGUGAUCCAGCACUUGUGAUCCAAAGCAUGUUGGUCAUGUUGCUUAGGUUUGAGCCUCACUGGUGGCCCUGGUGGGAUGAGCACGUGGCAGCUGUGUCAGUACACAGGGGUGUUUAGAGCCCAGUUAAGUGGGGACACUCUGGAAGUGUCAUUCAUUUGUCAGAAUAAAGAAUCUAUGUAACUUUCUAUUUGUAUUUAUCUCAAUAAAUCCUGUGACUGUUUUAUAAACCA